AUGGGCUACGAUGUCCCAGCUACGGAUGAGGAUAUUGAUGGGAGAGAAGAACAAGAGGGCUCAAUCUUCGAUGAGUACAGCCCGGAAGAGCUUGUGCUAUACAGACAAUACAUCAGGAAUAUUUUCAACAAAAAUGAUGAUUAUGACGACCAUAAGAAAGUCAUCGCCGAUGAAUGGAUUAAGGACUUAGAAAUGGGUUGCAGUGAUGCCCAGGUUGCGCUCAUUCUGAUCUCUUGUCCGAAUAUCCACAGCCUCUACUUCGAGACCACCAACAACCAGCGUCACUUUAUGCGUGUGAUACAACUUGCAGAAAAGCCUAUCGCUCCCCUUGGGACAAGCCUCCAGCCUCCCUUAUCUCGACUUCGUCACAUCUACAUUGAGUCCCACGAGUCUUUAGAUGUUGACCACGAGGAAAUCAACAUCGACCGCAGCCCUGGCCACUUCCUCAAACUGCCUGGACUACGGUCCUUUGAGGGCGUCAAUGUCAGAAUGGGCGACGAUGUGGGAUGGUGGUUUCAAAAGCUCCCGGUCAAGUUCUCGUCUCUGCAAGAUAUUGCUCUUCGCCGAUCCUACGUCUCUCCACGGAGGCUCCAAGGCAUGCUAGGCGCCUGUAAGGCGGUCAAGCGACUUGAAAUCACACGCGGGUUCCAUGGAAGCUCGGUGGAGGAGCUGCUGCCGCAGCAUGUACUUAGGGCUAUCCUACCCCACGCGGAAUCUCUCGAGAUCCUUCAUUUCAAUAUGGCGGAGGAAUGGCACUGGUCAGCUCUUCCUAGUGAACAUGAGCUAUCCUAUAUGGGCACCGAGCUUCAUAAGAUGAUAGCUCUCAAGAGACUCACAACAGGGAUGUGUUCUGUUACUGCUCUUUCCAAUGGAGAUAGUCCCAAUAGUAACGACGAUGCCAGUGACGCCUCAUCGCUGCAACUUGAUGGACCUCCAAGGCUCAUAGACUGCCUCCCGGAUAAUCUAGAGUAUCUCGAGAUCCAUCGAUCUAGCGAGUUAAUUCUCGAUCAGAUCCAGCAGCUCAUCCUAACCAUUCAGGAAGGGCAUCGGUUUAGAAAGCUAAAGCAUGUUAAGCUGCUUCUUUGCGACACAGAUCCCGACAAGAUCCAGCUCAACUACGACCCAUCGAUUGUGCAUAUUGAACUUAUAUCCCAGUCAAUUGAAAAUCGCAUUUACGAUCUCAUUCCGGCAUUCAACCAAGGGAAUCACCGAGUAGAUGCCAUCUGCUCUCCAAUACAUAGCCCAGAUCUCCGGGCACAGUGGCUUGACAUCCGGGGCAACAAUACGGGGUUUGCAUCAACCGACUUUGAGCUAUACGAAGCACCGGGGAUCAAGUUGUCUCAAGAAAAGCCACAUAAUCCAAGGCCAGCCGAGUAUCUACCAAGUAUUUUGGCGACCCAAACUGACGAGUACUGGCGGGAGGUGGAUCCCGAGGUCGCCGCUCUGAGAGAAGAAUAUGCAGCCUUGGUGAACAACCAGAACCAGCCAUAG